UCUUAAUUGGGGAAUUUGGUGGAGGGGUUUAAGGAUUUCUUGUUAGGUUAUUUAUGAGUUGGAUGUGAACCGGGGUUUUGGUUGAAUCCAGUUAGUUGGGUUAUUCUUGUUUCCAUGUUAAUUAUUAGGUUUGCGGAAUUGUAAUGGAUUUUGGUGCCUAAUUCUAAACUGAAAUGUUUUUUUUUUUUUCUUUUUUCUUUUUAGUCUCAAAUGUAUUGUUUUGACUUGAGCUAUCUGGGUUUGGAACGUUUUUUUUCUGGUGAAUUUUACUGAAACAAAAACAUUGGGAUAAUAGAGUUAUGAUGAUUUUUGUUAUAGCCACUAAGCUUGGCUGAUUUUUCCUUCAAAGUGGUGGGAUACUAUUUGAAAAGAAGCUGUUGAGUUACUAACUUUCAGAAAUGUUCUGUAUCUUGGACUCUUUUUUUCUUUCCACUUAUAAUGAUGAGUAUGAGUACUUCUUGGGGUUACUGCAUUUAUGCAUUCAUCUAGUUCCCCCAUGCAACUGUCUUCCAUGCUUAGUUAUUGAACAGAAAUCUCUGAUUCCACCUAAUUUAUUGUUGGAUUAUGGCAAUCCAGGUGUUGUUAGCCUUUGAUUGUGGUUACAUCCGAGUUAUGUUCAAUUAGAAUUAUUAUGCAAACAGUCGUUUCCAAUGCUUCAAAUCACAGAACUUUGAUCAUUCAAGACCAAAGUCUUGGAAUCUGUAGAUUGCCUAUGUUCAGGAAUCUCCCAGGUUUUUGAGCUAUUUGUGAUUCCCAGGAUUUACACUCUUACAAGUUGAUGUCUUAUUCCAUUCUCAGGAUUCCUGCAUUUUCCCUUCCAUCAGUGACUUCUCUCCAAUGAAGCCUGACAAGACUGCAUUCCCGGUACAAGUUUUCCCUGGAAACCACUCUCCACCUGCUGUCAAUAAAUCUCCUCCAAAUGGGAACAAGAAUUGCCUGAACAGGUAUGGUGUAAUUCAAAAGCUUUAUCUCUGCAAAUUGUUGCAUAUCAGGAUAAGUUAUAUAUGUCGAUUUUGAAAUUUGAGUCUUGAUUAGGUACCAAUGCAAUCCACGGUCAGAUGCAGAAUCAUCCGGGCUGGAUGUAGAUGCUGAAGAGGCUGUCAUUAUUGCAAAGGAUUCUGGGACAUUAGGCAAGAGCAGUUAUUCAACAGCUUGUCCUAAGAAGGCAUUAGGAACUAAAUCGUGGAGGCACACAGAAGCAAGCAAUCCUCUAAGCGACACUGAUGAUUACUUAUCGGCAACAGUAAACAUGGAGGAUAGAGCUUUCGACUCUUCUGUAGAUUUGGGUCCUGAAAAACGUAAUGACAACUUUCACUCACAGACUGACUUGGUUGAUCCAAACGAAUCUGUUCAAAAACCUGAGCGCAGGGAUGACACUUCAAAAGAAGUGUUCGAAAUUGAACCUCCUCUGAUCUUAGAGAAGGCUGAGGAAAAAGACAAAGGAAACUCACAGUCUCGUCUUGACAAUGAUUUUCCUGAAGCUCAUGGUUUGGAAGGUCAACACAGAAGGGCAGUCAUGGCCGAGAUUGCACAGUCCGGUCAUAUGUUUGAAGUGGGUGUCACGUCCCAGUUAGACUGUAUGCAAUGGGCUCAAGAUUCUGGAGCUUCUUUGAAUCCAGUAAAAUACACUGCAUCAAGUGGGAAACCCACUCAUUACCAAUCUCAUAAGGUUGGUCUUCACCAGCACGGCAUCAGUAGACGCCUGCAGUUUGAAGAUGCUCAUAGCAAAAAGUUGUCAGACAUUGGUGUUGAAAUUUCUUCUGGAAGUUUAAGUUAUCGUACGUUGCCUGCUAGUACGGCUGGUGCGGAAGUCCGAGAAUCAUCUACACUCCACAAAACAGUCAGUGCGAGUAAUAUCUUUUCUCCCCCAAAAAAUGGGAAUCACAACACCAUUGUUCCCAAGCCAUCUGGCAUUGGCCUGCACUUGAACAGUAUCAUCGCAAAACAAAAGGAUUCUGCUUCAAAGUUCAGCAGGAAAUCAGAGGUUGAUAGUUUUGAUGGACUAGGAAAGAAGUCUAUAUCUGUAACUAGCAGUCACUUGUAUAAGAAUUACUCAAUUUCUUCAGAUGUGGGGGGAGGUUCAUCUUUCACUAACAAUAGGAAUGUAUGUGAUACUCCUGCUCCAAUUGAUGGAAAUCCUGCUAAGUCCUCUUACAACAUCAAACCUUUCUUUGAACCUGUCAUUUUGAAGCCAAAAAUACAGCUUCAAACAAAUUCUUUGGACAAAGGCCAGCAUGAUUCUGAAACCUUUAACGAUCUUGGUAAUAGCGUUCAGUCAAGCCCUAAAAAGAAAAGGAAAAAAACAAUGAAUGCUGAUGACAAUGGUUUCAAACGUUGCAACUGCAAGAAAACAAAAUGCUUGAAGCUAUACUGUGAUUGCUUUGCUGCAAACAACUUCUGUGAUGAAUCUUGUGCUUGCCAAGACUGCUUCAACAAAUCUGAAUAUGAAGAUACUGUUGCUCUUACAAAAAAACAAAUUACAGAUCGUAAUCCAUCUGCAUUUCAGUCGAAAAUCGUAAAGCAUAGUAGUGAAUCCAGUGGUUGCACGGAUAAUGGAGAUUCCACACCUUCCUCAGCAAGACACAAGAGAGGAUGCAAUUGCAAGAAAUCAAAGUGUUUGAAGAAGUACUGUGAAUGCUAUCAGGCAAAUGUUGGGUGUUCUGAUGGAUGUCGAUGUGAAGGAUGUGACAAUAUCUAUGGCCGAAAGGAAGACUAUGGUAUCAUCAAGGAUCAGAUUAACAGACAAGUUAACAGUGAAAGUUUGGAUAGCUCGUUCGAAAUAAUGCUAUCAAAAGAUGGUUCUACGCACAAUGACUUAUACAGCCCUCAGAAUUUGACUCCCCUAACUCCUCAAUUCCAGUCUUCAGUAAAUGGAAAAGGUGGUUGGUUUUCUUCUGGACGAUACCUCCUGUCACCAGAUUCUGGUCUCAGCUUGUUAACGCCUUUCGGAGUGUCUCCAGUUGCUGCCGGCGACCCUGAUAGCCGUGACUUGAUCCCUGAAACCAAUUCAGAGAUUAUGGAUUUAGCUCCUUUCCCGCAGGACUUUAGCAGUGGUUACCGGUAUUCAGCCAAUCAAUUCUCUCAAUGUGAUGGACCUAGCAGUAUGAAUCAUUCUAGUCCUGCUGCCUUCCCUAAUCCACAAGAUUGGGUGGCAAGUGCCCCGAGGGCUCAAAUCGUUACUGGAAAUCGCCAUGUUUCUACUGAGAGUUCCCUUCGCUGGCGUAGGUCACCAAUUACACCAUCAAUUCAUAUAGGGGCAAGUAAACUUCAUCAAGCUGCUGAAUUUGAGGAACGACCAUACAGUAUCGUAGAUGAUGACACACCUGAAAUACUAAAGGAGAAUCCUGAGCCUACGGGUGCUGUAAAAGUUAGCUCGCCAAAUAAGAAGAGAGUUUCUCCUCCUCAUGGAGGACUGACUCAGCUCACUUCUUGCUCAUCAGAAGGCGUGAGAACUUGCCGUAGGUUUGUAUUAAAAGGUAUCCCGACAAUGCCGCCAAGAACCCCACAUAUUCAGUCCCAAGUUGAUCCUGCUCAGAACACUGAUAAUGCCCAGAGUUCCAGUAGCAGCAAAUAAACAACUAAACUUAUAGGUUUAAUCUAAUUGCCGUAGUGGUUCGAACUAGGAACAAGGUCUGCAACUGCAAUCAUGCCACAAGCUUUAUCAAAAAUAAAGAUGGAAGUAAUACCCUCACGUUUACUGCUUACAUCUCCUCUAACCCUUUUCCUUUUCCUCUUUAAUUACCUUUUUCCUUACAAUUUUGAUAAUUUGAGAACAAAACUAGCAUUCCAAUUUAAUUUACAGCAUUGGUUGGCAGAAUAUUUAUUAACUUGGAUGUUUUUCCAUUCCUUUAUAGUGUUGGAAUUUUUCGUUUUGAAGAAAUAAGAUUAAUAAAUUGCAGUGAGCUUUUCCUUCAAGUGUCUGUCUGUUUUUCGCAUACUCCAGUCCAAUUUGUAAAAGGUGUAAAAUGCUUGCAAGACUUCGAGAAAUAUUGGGAAUUUGGAAUACAGUUUUUCACAUGUAC